AUGACCAUUACAGGCGCUGCACCGGCGCAUUAUGACUCGAAUUUCGCUUGUUGCGGAGGCUGCUCCUCUUCUAAACGCGAGGACGCUUACAAUGGGAAAUUUUCGACUGGAUCGCUCGUGUUUAUCUGGGACAUCAAGCUCAAGACAGACCCGCAACCAGCGUGUUUGAUGACGUUCCCGUAUGAUCCAGUACUGAAUGAACAAGUCGGUCAGCGACGCGUAAGAAGUGGCCGACGUGUAGGCGCGAGUUACCCGAUCGACAAUGACUAUGACUAUUUGUGCUGCGAACAACGUGGCACAUGUCGUACUCUCAAUGAAGACGCAUCCGGAAAAUGUCAAUGUGUUAAACGAUGGGGAUUCACUGGAGAUCACUGCCAAAACAGCGUAUAUGACGUUGCAGCGAUUGCCAACGACGAGGUAUAUCCAAAUAUCACGAACCUGUCGUCGGUAGAUCACUUGUUGCCUGAUCUGCGCUCAUAUUUUCUUUCUUUUGACUACGACGUAGCAAUAACGAGUGCAGCUUCAUCAAAUAUUUCGACUGGAUUCCUAGAAGUCUUCGAAAUGGGCUCCUAUCGUCAAUUUGGCUGGUCAACUACGGUAUUCUUCGUGCUUGCAUCAGCAUUUUUUGCACUUAUUUUUAUUGGCCACGCGAUGUGGAAAGUAUGUUUCUCUAAUUGCAAUUGUCGACGAUAUACCAAGUUCAAGAUCUACAGCAAACGCCAGAAAAUUAUAUGGGGCUCCUUCAUGAUGCUGUUUAUUUUCGUAAGUACUGCGGCGGCUUUGAUGACUUUUUUCGUGGUAUACAACGACAUCAAGCCUCUCGCUGAAUCGGUAUUUACCGUACUGAAUGAAACACUUCCAAGUAAUUUAACAACAUUCGAGACGAACUUCCUAUCACCAAUGGAUGAACUCCUGUCGAGUGGAUAUCGGGAAUCCACCAACGAUUCUCUUUUCCUUCGUGAUACCCAGGAGCAUUCUUUAGUCGAUAUAGAACCUCAUAUAUUCCUGGAUAACCAAAGCUACGCAGGAGAUGCCAUAGGAAAGCCGAUAUUCCAUCUACUUGAUCCUCUUACCAGUUAUUCUGUACUUUAUCCAACAGUCAAUAAUAACUCGGUAAACUGUGACAACAUGAAUAUUACCCAGCCAAGUGUCACGUCUCGAAUGACAAUCGGCGGGAAAACUGGUUGUUUCAAGUGCAAAACAUGCUUAACGAUCGUGGAUUUAAUAGCUGAGGCUAAACUUUCUUGGCGAAAACAAAUAUUUGAAGUGCAGAUCGACAUGCUGACGGCAAAAAAUGAUCUCAAAACCUUUAGCCUCACAAGCAACACGCUAGCGCCGUCGAUUAAGAAUUUUCUGGAUCGAAUGCAUUUAAUGUGCAGUGACUUUCGUGUGGUUAACGGCAGAUUUGCUGUAGCUUACGAUACCAUUGCGCAAGAGAUGCAACAAGUAUCGCUGUUUGGGUUAUAUGUGCUUUGUACCCUCUGUGGUUUAUCAGUUCUACUCAGUGCAAGUGCUUUUGCACAUGGAAUUCUGACGGGUAAGCGUAAAAUUGGUCGCACAACAUGCUUUUUCGUCGAGAUUGCGUUCCUGAUCUCAUUAAUUCUAACCGGGGUACUUUACACAAUGAGUCUCAUGAUUCAAGACGGAAUCGUGAUUUUACAACGUCUCGAGGAGAAUACGUAUGCAUUUCUGCCUUCGAUUCAGUCAGCGGAGGAUGUGAAUAGGCUUCUUUUUGAUCAGAACUUUGUAGAGGCGACAGGAAUGGAUGGAAUCCUUGCGUUUAGUGACACCCUUCGCGUUCCUCCACAUCCGACACCUGCAACGGACGAGCCUAAUCGAUUUAAUUUCACAGAACUGUACGAUAUGCCAGAGCUUUUUGCAUUGGAGAUACUCACAGCUCGACCAGAAGAAUCUUUAAUCGAGCUGUUUGCAUGGAAUGAAGAAUUUGUAACGGAUCAUUACGAGGAGCUGAAAAAACUUGCCUUGGUCGACUCUGAAGUUGCCACGCCAUACAACAAAACGAUACAUCAGGAGCUCCUUAACUCAACGAUACAGAAACUCAUGGAUCCUGACAGUGAUGGCCAACUCGUGACAUCAAACGAUGUUCUGGAAAUCCAUACUGUUUUCAACGAAAGCUGGAGAGGAAUCAGCGACAAAGGUCUGGAACUAAACACGAAAAUUCAAACGCAGUGGCUAUUCGUUGCGCAACUAUACUACCAGAAACAGAAUCUAGAAACAUACAUUGCAACCGUCUCCGGUUAUAUCAGCAAAAUCCAUCAGCCACUGGUUGAUUUAGUUAUCAAAACGCAGGCUAUGGAAAACGCUGAGUUCCAACUGAAAGCCCCCGUCGAAUUCGUGACCGACUCAAUACGCGCCAGCAAGAUUGCCGACUGCAAUUUCAACGGAAACUGUGCUUGGUUUCGCUCGGCGCUCAACAAUUUGUUCGAUCUUUUCCAGCAAAUGGUACUAAAGGCUGAGCGCGCUGCCAUUUCCUGCGCCGUCACUUCAACGACACUUUUGCUCUCAGUGCUUUGCACCAACGCAUUCACUUCUAGAAUGCGACGCAACGUGAUCAAAGUGUAUUCUUCUGGUUGA